AUAAAGCAUACCAAAAUUUUAAAACGUCAAUUUCAAUUCAAUUCAACUCAACCAACCCAUCAUCAAGGGUCAACUAUUCCUAUCCCAGUUGAACCAAAUCUAUUCAAUCAUAUCUCAUCUUAUCAUAGACAUUCAGUCGUGACUUUUCACUUUUUUACUCCUUCCUCACUCACUCACUCAUUUCAUUCGUUCAUUCGUUAGUUAGUUCAUAUGACUGCAUCAGAAUACGCCAACUUAGUUGCAAGUCUUACCGAUAAAGAUAUCUUAAAUAAAUGGCCUGAAAUCACUCCUUUAAAGAAAAUAUCAGGUAUUCCAACCUCCAACUCCGACAUUAAAGACAAUGCUGAUUCAUCCCUUUUUGAAGGUCAUGAUGAAGAACAAAUCAAAUUAAUGGAAGAAUUAUGUAUUGUCUUAGACAAUAAUGAUAAACCUUUAGGAGCAGGGACCAAGAAAUUAUGUCAUAUUAUGGAUAAUAUAAAUCAAGGUUUAUUACAUCGUGCAUUCUCUGUGUUUUUAUUUAAUGAAAAUAAUGAAUUAUUAUUACAACAAAGAGCUGAUGAAAAAAUUACUUUCCCUGGUAUGUGGACUAAUACAUGUUGUUCUCAUCCUUUAUGUGUACCAAAGGAAUUAGGUAUUUCAUCUAAUUCAGAUGAUUUAAAUCAAUUACAUAAUGCCAUUGAAGGGGUUAAAAACGCUGCUCAAAGAAAAUUAGAUCAUGAAUUAGGUAUACCUUAUAAUGAUUCUCCAUUAGAAAAUUUCCAAUUCUUAACUAGAAUUCAUUAUAAAGCAGGUAAUGCUGGGGUUACUAAUAAUUCAGAAUCAGAUUCAAAAUGGGGUGAACAUGAAAUUGAUUAUAUUUUAAUCUUAAAAACGGCCAAUGAUAUCACUAUUAAUCCAAAUCUUAAUGAAGUAUCUCAUCAAAAAUUCGUUUCUAAACAUGAAUUAAAACAAAUGUUUGAAGAUGAAAAAUUAAUCUUUACUCCAUGGUUUAAAUUAAUCUGUAAUUCAUUCUUAUUUAAAUGGUGGGAUAACUUGGAUAAUUUAUCCCAAUUUAAAGAUGAUAAAAUUCAUCGUUUACUCUAGUUUAGUUAAGACUCUCCUUCCUUAUAUUCAUCCAUACACUUUUCCAAUUGUAUUAAUUUCUAGUUUUAUUCAUUCUAUAUACGUACAAUAAUAAUAAUAACACAUUAAUAAUCCAACAUUUUUAAAUGGUUAUAGUUAUGAUCUCCUUAACUUUAACUCCUCUCCUCAUACUGAUCCCGGAGGUGUAAAUUCGAAGUCAAAAAAAAAGUAAACUUCA